GUGGGAGAAGGAACAGAGGAGAGGCACAAUUGCAAGGAGCCUCCAAGAGAGGGGCGGAGAAGCCUGCAGAAAGUGUUCUCCCACCGCAGGCUGCUGGAGAGGGCACCGCAGCAGCGGAGGCUGUGCCCAGGGUGACCGGUUACCAGCCGAUGGGCACCACCUUCUGAGAGGGGCGGCCCCGAGGCCUGAGCCAUGUCCACCUUCAAUAAUGGGGCCAGGAUGCCGUCGCCCCAGGAUGCCGCCAACGGCCUCCCGCAGGCCGGGGCCUCGGGAGCCUGGUACAAGCCGGAGGAGGAUCCGCGGGCGGGAGAGCCCGGCCGCGGGAAAAAGGCCCACCGCGAGAUCCUGGACCACGAGAGGAAGCGGCGAGUGGAGCUCAAAUGUAUGGAGCUGCAGGAGAUGAUGGAGGAGCAGGGGUACGCCGAAGAGGAGGUCAGGCAGAAAGUGGGCACGUUCCGGCAGAUGCUGAUGGAGAAGGAGGGAGUGUUGACCCGGGAGGAUCAGCACGGACGCCACAUAGUGAUCCAGCCUCACCACCUGGCGGAGGGAGAGGAGCCGGGCCUGGAGUACCCCCAGUAUGGCGACGACUGUCUGCUGGAGUGUAAUUGUCCCUCCGACUGUUAUCGGGAUGAGGGCCACCACCGCGAGUACAGGACCACCCACCAGUCAAGCAGCUCGCUCUCUCCUCCCCCCAAGAAGAAAAAGAAGAAGAAAUCGGGUCAUCGCCGGAACCGAAAGAAGAGGAAAGUGGAUUCGGACUGCAGCUUCGACAGCUCCUCGCCCCAGCACAAGAGGAAGAGGACUGGGAUUGGGAAGAGGCACAGGCGAGAUAGGUCUGAGUCAGGAUCCAGGAGGAAGCGCAGAUACAGAGCCAAGAGCCCCAAGAACAAAAGGAAAGAGAGGAACAAAGAGCGGAAGAGGCCCCCCAGCGAAUCCCCCGUGCGGAGGGGUCACCGCCGCAGCAGCUGCAGUUCCCGCUGUACUUCGCUCUCCUCAGACUCCAGCAGCUUCAAAUCUCCCAGCAGGCCGAGUCCCAAGCACCGAGAGGACGGCCCCAAGCCCAGCAGCCGACGGUCCAGCGGGAGCCGGUCCUCCUCAUCCCCCGGCCACAGCAGAUCGGCCACGCCGCACCAGAACGGGCACCGGGGCAGCGCGCACAACGGGCGCUCCAGCCAGGGCAGGGCCAGCCCGCCUGCUCGCCCACAGGAUAGGCUCGACUCGACCUCCCCGCCCCCGAGGCCGCCUCAGCCCGCCCCCGCCUCGGCCCCCGCCGCCUCAGCCGCCGACCAGGCCGACGCUGACAGGACCCGCGGGGCGCGCGCCCGGAAGGGAAAGGAACAGCAUCACCGGACCCGGCUGACCAGCGGCUCCGCGUCGCCUGCCAAGCACGGCCGGCACGGCCCCCUGAGGAAGAGCGGUUCGCGCAGCCCUGCGCCCCGCAGCAGCUCCUGGACCUCCAGCCCGUCACCUUCCAGAUCCCGCUCCCGCUCCCACUCCCGCUCCCACUCCCGGGAGAAGAGGGCGGCCCGGAGCCGCAGUCGCAGCCGCAGCCGAAGCCCCUCGCAGAAAAACACCACGAGUCGGGAGAAGGACAGCGAGGGCCGUUCGCGGCACAGCGAGCCCGAGGCGGCCAGGGCCCGCCGCCGCUCCCGGAGCUACUCGCCCAUCCGCAAGAGGAGACGCGACUCUCCGAGCUUCAUGGAGCCUCGGCGCAUCACCAGCGCUCGCAAGAGGCCCAUCCCCUACUACCGGCCCAGCCCGUCCUCCUCCAGCUCCCUGAGCAGCUAUUCCCGCAGCCGCAGCCGCAGCUGCGACAGCUACAGCAGCAGUUCCAGCCGCAGCCGGACCACCAGCCCGCCCAGCCUCCCUCGCACCCAGAGCCGCAGCCUCAGUUUCCACAGCAGAAGCAGCUCCGAGAGCGCCGGCUUCUGAGCCCCCGCCGCCGUCGCCCCUCACCCGCAGGGCAGGCCGAGGGGCGAGGGGGAAAGGCCCGGAGGGGUGGGAGCCGUCGGGGUCGCCCCCCGGU